UCUUGUCAGACUGGCACAUGUCGCCGCAGGUUCAACACCACCACCAGAAAAUUAUGAUUUUCCUGCAAUUGAAAAUAUCGAGCCUGAUAAUGGAAUAGCAGUCGGGAUGGGCAUUGAUGCUGCUUUUGCUGCUGCGAAAUUUCAUUUUGAUCUCACAAAAAAAUAUUAUUUUGUAAAACUCUUUCCUCAAUGUGCUAAAAGUAUUGGUUUGCUGGCAGAAAAUCAAGACUAUGGUUUUAAGAAGUGCCCACCAACAAUUCUCCGUGCAUUAAUCACGUUUUUUAUCCACCAUUGUCUUGAUAAUCAUCAUAGCCCAUCAGAAAAGAUUUCAUCAUAUCCCUCACCUGCCACUCCGAUCCUAAAGUCUAUUGUACUAGGUCCCGAGAAUCGCGAAUUUGCGCAUGAAAUAGUACGCCAAGCUCUCAUGUUACCUGCUGGUAGCCCAUUAUAUAAAGAUAUCGUGAGAGGUGCUGUUCAUAUUGUUGGUGUCUGGAUACUUAGUGGG